GACGCUGUGGCGCCCAGACUCGAAUAGGGGAGUAACAGAAACAGCUACCGUGCAUUUAAUACUUAUAGACGACAUACACAUUUUGUCAACUGGCUAGUAAACUCAAAACAUUAUACUGUCAUCCAUUGAAUUGUAACUCAUAAAAUAUAUAGAAAUGACUCUGAUUGAAUCUUGCUGGAUGGUUUUCACCUGGCUAGGUCUUUUUAGACCAAUCAAAUGGAAGGGAUUAAAAGCGCGAAUUUAUGAUUUAUAUACAGCGAGUGUAUUAUUUUUCAAUUACUCGUUUUUUAUAUGCGGUGUUAUGGACAUCGACUUUACUCAUCUUAAUUUUUUUGCUGAUAUCGAUCUCAUUACGUUGAUGCUACAAUACAUUGAAAAUACGCCGAAAAUAUUAUGCAUGAUACUGAGCCGCAACGCGCUUAUAGAAAUUGAUUUUAAACUUCAAAACGAUCAUUUUAAAAUAAAAGACGAGGAUGAAAAAAAAAUUCAAAAUAAAUUUGACAAAUUUAGUAGGUAUGUUUUACUGGCAUAUUCGGCUUUACAAGCGACAUCUCUUGUAUAUUAUACAACAGGCCGAAUCCUCGCAAUGGAAUCACCCGUAAUACUGCCCUACAGAAGCAGAAUACCGUUUAAUUAUUCCAGUAGUAAUAAAAUUUAUAUGCUGACUGCGCUCGAUCAACUUUAUUCCGUAUCAAGUCUCAUUUGCAUAAAUGGUGCGUUCAAUUUGGUCUUCACUUCUACAAUGUAUCAAAUUUGUACUAAAAUCCGUAUACUAAAACACCGUUUCAAAGUUAUUAUUCAGCAGUUAGAACAUGAUGGGGAAACAGACAAUAAUGAUAAUAAAAAUAUAAGAGAUGUCAUGAGAAAAAAUGAUGCGAUGACGGAUAAAAUUGAAAGUCAACUUAUUGCUAACUGGGUAGAAAGUCAUAUUGCACUUAUAAAUUUAUAUGAUUAUGCUAAAUCUGUUUUUGCAAAAGCUGUUUUUAUUCAUUAUGUUAUAAAUUCAAUUGUAAUGUGUACACUUGCAUAUAUAUUAAGCCACUGUGAAGUAGAUAAUAUUUUUAUCGGUAACGUAUGUUAUUUUUCGGUAAAAUGUACACAACAAUUUUUACAAUGUUCUUCUGCUCAUCAAAUCACUUUAGAGUUUGAAGAUCUUCGAGAUAUGAUUUUCAGUACCAACUGGUUUGCUACUAAAAUAACUAUUCAAAAAUCAAUUAUUAUAAUAAUGUCUAAAUCGAUAGUCCCAAUUGAAUUUGUCAGUGGAUAUUUUGUUACACUGUCACUAGAUUCAUUUAAAAGAAUUGUCAAAUUGUCGUACACUAUUUAUAAUGUACUUGAGGGCUAGUAAAAUUGUCCUUAAAAAAAUGGUGAAUUAUCCAAUCCAGCGGCAAAACAUUAAUGCUUAAGUUUCUGCAUUUGUUCCGAAAGAAGUUAAUGGAAAUAAUCAAAAUUUGAUAAAAUAUAACUUUUGAGUAGAUAAAUUUAUAGACAAUUUAUAUUGAGUUUGUUAGUAGUAGUAAAGUAGAGUAAAGUAAAAAUUUGUUGUCAAUUAUUAUAAAUAAAGAUUUGAAGAAAAUAAAUAAUAAUAAAUAAAAUUUAUGUUUAAUUUGGAACAUUUAGUACAGCAAAUGGCGUAUUGUGAAACAAGGGAUGAAAAUACAAUUUCAGAUGAGCUCAAAAAGUGUCAAAUUUUGUUAUAA